GAGAGAAACCUACAAUGUAAUGAAUGUAGCAAAGCCUUUGCUGAGCGUUCAGGCCUUACUCAACAUGAGAAAAUCCAUACUGGAGAGAAACCUUACAAAUGUAAUGAGUGUGGCAAAACUUUUAAGCAGUGCUCCCACCUCAUUAGACAUCAGGAUACACAUCCUGGAGAGAGAACCAUACAAAUGUGAUGUAUGUGGCAAGGCUUUUAUCCAAAGCUAUAACCUUAUAGAACAUCAGAGGAUCCAUACAGGAGAAAAACCAUAUAAAUGUAGAAAAUGUCAUAAGGCUUUUAGCAGACGUUCAAACCUCUGGGGUCAUGAAAGAACUCAUACUGGAGAGAAACCUUACAAAUGUAAUGAAUGUGGCAAAGCUUUUAUACCAAAUUUUCAAAUCUUACUACACAUCAGAAUACACACUGGAGAGAAACCAUACAAAUGUAAUGUGUGUGACAAGGCUUUUAUCCAAAGUUCAAACCUUACUGACCAUCAGAGAAUUCAUACAGGUGAAAAACCUUAUAAAUGUAAUAAAUGUGAUAAGUCUUUUAUCAAACGUUCACAUCUUUCGGGUCACGAGAGAACUCAUACUGGAGAGAAACCAUUCAAAUGUACUGAGUGUGGAAAAGCCUUACAGGAACGUUCACAUCUUACUCAGCAUAAGAAAAUCCAUACUGGAGAGAAACCUUAUAGAUGUAAUGAGUGUGGCAAAGCUUUUACCCAAUUUGAACCUACUAGGCAUCAGAAAAUACAUAGUGAAAAGAAACAGCAUAACCUGAUAUGUGUGGCAGUGCUUUUAUUCAAAGCUCAAGCUUUGGGGAUCAUCAAAGAACUCAUAGGAGAAAGAAACCUUGCAAAUAAAAUGAGCAAGGCUUACUCAACGGCAGAGAUUCCAUCAUGGAGAGGAAUCAUAUGAAACUAACAUGUGGCAAAGCUUGUAACCAUGGCUCACACCUCCCCUGAUAUCAGAAUAUAAAUCUCUAAAAGAAAGCACCAAAUGGAAGUAUGGCAAGGCUUAUCCAAGCUUAUUAUAUCUUGUGAUGUAAUUUUUACUAGAGGGAAACCUUACAACUGUAAUGAGUAUGAUCAGGUUUAUAAAAAUGUACAGAUUGGGGAGAGGGGUAAAAUAGGUGGAUGGGAUUAAGAGGUACAGACUUCUAGUGAUUAAAAAAAAAACAAAAUGUA